CCUAUCCGCUCUUCUACUGGGCUCGCCCGGUCGUGGUUCGCGCUGAUAGGCUGCGGAGGCCAUCGCCCCGCCCCAUCUCUGAUAGGGUAACGUGGAAGCACGAGAGGAGGCUGCGUCCGCCGGUUGCGGAGCUGUCAGAGCGCUCAGACCGGCCGCUGGGGGAAGGCGGCGGGAGUCUGACUGGCAGCCGCCGAGUCCGCAUGCGCAGGGGCGAAAGGCUUUUGGAUCGGGCCGGCGUGCUGCGUUAGCGAGGAGGAGGAGGAGGAGGAGGAUGUCAGCCAGGCGACGUUCUUCCGUGGUGCUGUUUGGUGAGGAAGGUGAAGCCACGGCUUCGAGAUAAGAAGGCGAAACCUCCUCCCAAGAAGGGAGCUUUAAAGCUCCUAGAAUGGGCUGUUUACGACGAUGAGUCAGAGGCCGCUCCCUGCCCCUGAGCAUCUCGGGACAAAUAACAGACUGAACUGGAGAAAAAAAAAAGCUCCAGAGAAACGGUCAGGAGUAGCUGGAUGAGCUGAUGGAGGCCAAAGCAUUCCAGGGAAAACCAGAAAGAAGUGCACAUUACUGACCUAAGCCACCUAUUGAGGAUGGCUUGGAAGUUUGGGGACCUUCCCCCACACCCCGACUGUCCAGUGGGCCAGCGUGUCCAGAAAGAGAGCAGAAUCCUGGAGGGGUCUGUGAAGAAGAAACCAGGGAGCUGCAGCAGCUGAGACAGCAAGGGGCUCUUGAGAGUGCGGCCAAGUCAUUUACUCUGACGUCUCCAACACGCACACUAUACCCAGUGGUGUUUUACUUGAGGUGCUGGGAAUAUAACGGUGAGCAAGAGAGACCUCGGCCCUUGUUCCCGCUGAUCCUGCAGCCCAGUGGAUGGAGUCCACAGCCUACAGACCUGCCAGGAAAGACAAAAGUUUUCCUGAUGGUUGGUCCAAGCCAGGGCUCCCUGGUGGAUUGAGGAAUGUCUGGCUUUUCCUCAGCUCAUUGAUCUCUGUGGUAGCCACAGGCAGCCCUCAGAAGACCCCAAGAAUGAGAGGCCCGAGGUCUACAAGUUGCUGCUAGAAAUUUUGUAGCCUCUCCAAAAAACAGAAUGCAGCUGCCACACAAGUUUGUAAGGUCCCUGGGCGCUCGCUGACCACGAGGGGGGGCCGGCGCGCCCUUUGCUCCCAGUCCCCGGGGCCGGGGACGCUGCCAUAGCAACGGCGGAGACGCUCAGAGCUUAGGCCGCUGCCUCCACCGCCGCCGCCUCCUGAGAGCUGGCUUUCUCCUGAUCGUGAGGAGCGGGGCGGCGGCGGUCCGGGGGGCGGCCCGGGCCCAGUAGCCGUGUGCACCCCGUCCUCCGAUGCCAGCAGAGGUGGCCAAUUUGCUGCAAGCAUGCCCUUCCACAAGCAGGUCUACUACCCACUCACCAACGGUCUCGAGGGUUCUGAAGCCUCCGGAGGGGCCGCGGCGGGCGCGGCCGCCAUGGCCUGUUUCCCUCCCAGCGCGGCGACGGGUUCCCUGCCCUUCUUCCAGUUCCGGCCGCGGCUGGAGAGUGUGGACUGGCGGCGGCUGAGCGCCAUCGACGUGGACAAGGUGGCGGGGGCUGUGGACGUGCUCACGCUGCAGGAGAACAUCAUGAACAUCACCUUCUGCAAGCUGGAGGACGAGAAGUGCCCGCACUGCCAGUCGGGGGUGGACCCCGUGCUGCUGAAGCUCAUCCGCCUGGCGCAGCUGUCCAUCGAGUACCUGAUGCACUCGCAGGAGUUCCUCACCUCGCAGCUGCACGCCGUGGAGGAGCGGCUGCACCUGAGCCUGGCCAACUGCGAGCAGAGCAAGGAGCUCCUCAGCAAGCAGGCCGGCGAGAUCAAGUUCCUCAAGGAAGAGUGCAAGCGCAGGAAAAAGAUGAUCGCCACCCAGCAGAUGAUGAUGGAGGCCAAAGCCAGCUAUUACCAGCAAUGGAAAAAAUAUCCUCAGUGCCAUUUUUGUGACAAGGCCUUUAUGAACCAAGCCUUUCUACAAAGUCAUAUUCAGCGCCGUCACCCUGAAGAUUCUCACCUUGAGUAUAAGAAAAAGGAACUGACCCAUAAGCUCCAGAAUGAGGUGGACAUGUUGAAGGAGCAGCUGCAGCUCACCAAGUCUCAGUUAGAGGCUUCCCAGCACGCCCACGCAGUCAGAUUCUCUGAGGAAUAUGAAAUUCAGAAAACAAAAGAGGAAGAAUUCAUGAAGUUAUUUCAUAGGUGGAAAGAAGAAGAAAAGGAGAAAUUUGCUGAUGAAAUGGAAAAAUUCAAGGAAAUGUGUAAGAAGGAGUUUAAAGAAUUAACUUCCAAGAAUUCAGCAUUAGAAUAUCAAUUGUCAGAAAUCCAGAAGUCUAAUAUGCAGAUCAAGUCCAACUUAGGCACGUUAAGAGAUGCCCACGAGUUCAAGGAAGAGCGUCCUCAGUAUGCCCAGGAUUUCCAAAAUGUGAUGCAAUUUCUUGAUAGUCAGGAAAACAAGUGGACAGCUCGAGUUCAAGCUCUUCAUCAAGAACAUGAAAAAGAGAAGGAUCAGCUCCUGUCACAUAUAGAGAAACUUCAAAAUUUAAUGAUAGACAGUCUAAAUGCAAACAAUGUUUUCUACAAGAAAAGGAUGGAAGAGCAAGGGCAGAGACCCCAGGAACAGAAUGAACCAAUUACCAUUCAGAGACCACAGAUAAAAGAAUUUACCAGUAAACCAGUAAACAGUGUCAUUGAACCCAAAGGGAAUUCUUUAAUCUGGCAAACUGUUGAAUCUAAGCCACCUGCCCAAGCUGUACCUAUGAGUGCCCCAGCCCCACAGGCUUUGGAUGCUAAGUCAAGUCUAACAAUGGCACAUGAGCAGGCAUUCUCAUCGCACAUACUGGAACCAAUAGAAGAACUUUCAGAGGAAGAAAAAGGAAGGGAAAAUGAACAGAAAUUUAAAAACAGCAAGAACCAUGUCAGGAAAGCUUGGAAGACUAACCCCUCUCUCACUAAGAAAAUAAGAUCAAUCUUGGAGCAGAAUUUGUUGGGGAAAUUGGAAAGCUUGGGGAUUAAUGCAGAUACACGUGGUAUUCCAAGCGAUCAAUUGAAUAGAGUGCUAAGAACCAUGGAAUCAAAAAGACAUAAUCAAGAAAGACAGAUGCCUAACAUUCAGCAAAUUCGAGAAUCCCUUGAACAUCAGGUCAGCUCUAAAAUUGAGGAGAGAAUAGUACUGACUUCAGACAGGUACAGUGGUUCUCAAGGGGAAACCCUUUCAACUGGAGAAGUACCCAAAGCAGUACAACUUCCUCCCAAAAGCAGACAGUUGAUUAAACAAAGACCUGUUUUCACGGAUAGAACAUCUGUCCCAAAAAUUAAGAAAAAUAUCACAGAAGAUCAUUUUCCCAGAAAGUCUUCAAAUAUUACGUCGCCUCCCUUUAGUUCUGAGGAAGACUUGGAUGCUGGCGACCUUGUCCAGGCAUACACAUCCCCAGAGUUACCUCUUGUGCCGCCGUCGAAAAACAACAAGAGUAGCUUUGGAAGGAAAACUGUCAAGAAUGACACUGACUGGACCGAAGGCAGUGAAAUUGAUGACUCUGAUAUUUCUCCCAAGCCCAUGGGAACCUCCAUUAAAACAUUAACUGACAAAGUUGAAAAGACGGUUUCAAAUCAAAGAAAUGUGAGUAAGCCAGUUGGUGGGAUUAAUGUUGCUGAAGCAUUUGUCAAAAGAGAAUUUAAAGAAGAACUAAAGUGCUCAGAUGUGGAUGAUGACGACUGGGACAUAUCAUCCUUAAUAGAAGAAAAGUCUCUGGGGAAAAUAACCGGGAAAGAGCAGAGAGAACCUCCGCCUGUGAAGCAUGAGUCACAUUUGGCUCAAGUGCCAACUGCCUGGGGUGCACCAACUCCUAGAGGGCCAAAGAGAGAAGGCCUUCAAGAUGAAUCAAGCACACUGAAAAGCAGCUUAGUAACUGUGACUGACUGGAGUGACUGUUCAGAUGUAUAGCUACCUGUGUAGCUCCACAGGUCAGAAGACCCAGGUGCCAGCAGUGUGUCGGCAUCGCCGUAUGUCAGUAACUUGCCAACAUGAUACUAAUGCUCCUGCCUUAGAGCGUGUUCCACAAUAAAUAGGAAGCUGCUUCAGAGAACAAGGGUCUCUUUAAUGGCGCCUAAUACAGUAUUGAGAAACAAAUUGUCAACAGAUUUUGAAGCAUAUAAAGUGUUUAAGACUUCUGCUUAAAAAUGGCGUGUCGUUGAAGUCAUAAAAAGGUUUUUCUUCAGAACGGUACAAUAGCGUUUCAGUGUAUUUUUUUCCAACUAAUUUUUAAGUGAGAACUUUUUAAUUACAGCAGGCUUUGGUUUGACUUAAAACUUUAUGUCUUUCUUAUGUAUGUUAUCACAUUGGAAGUGUUUUAUUAUAAAAUUCUGUUCGUAUCCUUAAAACUGAAUUAGUGGAGUCAGUGAAAUCUUAAGGGUAGAUUGAUUAUUUUUUCUUAUAGAAGUUUAGAACUAUAAAAAUAUAGCUAGGCCCAUGUUAAAUACAUUUCCCAGAAGUACCUUUACCACGUUCAACUUUGAUCCAUUGUAAGCAUGUUGUUAAAAAACAAUUAUUUUUUAACUUUACCAUUUCUGCAGCAUAAUGUUUAGCUUGGAUAUUUUAUGAAUAAAAUGUUACUAUUUUCAAGAUGGAUUCAAGAAUUAGUUCUCUCAUCUUCUCUAGCUAGGCCUUCUCCACCAAUAAACCUUUCUUUGCUCCAAACCCUGA